CAAUAUAGAGCCCGUUUCUCUAUUCUUUUUCCCGCAAUUCCCUGACUCACUUGAAUCCAAUUAGAUACAAUGGGAAUUGCCGAGACCAAACGGCCCGUCGUCUGUGUCUUCUGUGGCUCCGUCGAGGGCAUAAACCCCGCACACAUGGAAACCGCUCGACGCCUGGCUCAGAUUUUCCACGAAAAUAAUAUACAACUCGUCUAUGGCGGUGGUACAAAAGGCCUGAUGGGCGAGAUUGCACGCACGUUAGUUUCCCUCUCGGGACCCGAAUCUGUGCACGGCAUCAUUCCCCGCGCCCUAGUAAGCAUCGAACCGGGGUAUAAACAGAACGGUAAUGGUACUACCGGUACACCCUCGACGUCCUCCGCAUCCGCUGGUGGCGCGGGGAAAGUAGCCGAGCGCGUUGUUGGUGAGGCGCAGAGCGGUAACGUCCCGUCGUCGGAGUACGGCGUCACCACGAUCGUGGCAGACAUGCACACGCGGAAACGGCUUAUGGCGGAAAAGGUGCGCGAAGGAGGACCAGGAAGUGGCUUUGUUGCACUUGCCGGCGGGUUUGGAACUAUCGAGGAGGUGAUGGAGAUGACGACAUGGAAUCAGUUGGGGAUUCAUCAUUUGGGGGUUGUGCUGUUGAAUGUUGCUGGGUAUUGGGAUGGCUUGUUGGAGUGGGUGAGGAACUCAGUGAGGGAGGGAUAUGUGUCUAAGGAGAAUGGGAGCAUCCUCGUGGAGGCCAAGACGGUUGAGGAAGUUUGGCCGAAGCUGGUGCAGUAUCAGGUUAGCGAGGGAAGAUAUCAGUUGAAAUGGGAGGAUGAGUAA